ACACAAUCGCAGGGAAAGUGCUCGGAGGGGGAGGGGUGUCCCGUCGGCAGGCACACAGACAGCAGGCAGCAGCUGCAGUGAGAGGACCCGGUACCCUUUACUCUGCAUUUAAACAUUCAUAUUUCAAUUUUCUAGCUCCGAAGCACACCAGACAGCAACACACACACUCCUUAAAAAUGGUAGAUCGUGAGCAACUGGUGCAGAAAGCCAGGCUGGCCGAGCAGGCGGAGAGGUACGAUGAUAUGGCAGCUGCCAUGAAAUCGGUGACAGAGCUGAAUGAAGCAUUAUCCAACGAAGAGAGGAACCUGCUCUCUGUGGCCUAUAAGAACGUUGUCGGGGCAAGACGCUCGUCCUGGCGUGUUAUCUCCAGCAUCGAGCAGAAGACAACGGCCGAUGGCAACGAGAAGAAGAUCGAGAUGGUCCGAGCCUACCGGGAAAAGAUCGAGAAGGAGCUGGAGGCCGUGUGCCAAGACGUGCUCAACCUCCUCGACAACUUCCUGAUCAAGAACUGCAACGAGACGCAGCACGAAAGCAAGGUGUUCUACCUGAAAAUGAAGGGCGACUACUACCGCUACCUGGCCGAGGUGGCCACGGGGGAGAAGAGAGCCGCGGUGGUGGAGUCCUCCGAGAAGUCCUACAGCGAGGCCCACGAGAUCAGCAAGGAGCACAUGCAGCCCACCCACCCCAUCCGCCUGGGCCUGGCUCUCAACUACUCCGUCUUCUACUACGAGAUCCAGAACGCCCCGAGCAGGCGUGCCACUGCCAAGACCGCCUUCGACGACGCCAUUGCCGAGCUGGACACCCUCAACGAGGACUCCUACAAAGACUCCACUCUCAUCAUGCAGCUGCUACGAGACAACUUGACGCUGUGGACGAGCGACCAGCAGGACGACGAGGGAGGAGAGGGCAACAACUAAAGAGUCCGAACCUCAUUCUGCCAAAACACCACAACACGCGCUCACAAAUGAUGACAAAAUAAUAAUAAUAAUAGUUAAAAAGUUCUUAGAAAUUUAAAAAAGGGAGGGGGGAGGGCGGUGGUGGAACAUCAUCGGCUGCCAAUUUAGCCGAUGGUACUAACGCGGCUGCUGUUCUUUAUUUUUCAACAAAUUAAAGUGAAAAAAAAAGUCGGAGGAGGGAAGACAAUUUUGUUUGAGAAUUAAUCUAGAAUUAAAUAAAAAAUAAUGAAAAGAAUGAAACCCCCUCCUUGGUAGCCUCUGCAGCAUUUGCCAAAAUACAACUUUAGAAGCAAAGAGGUGUGUCAUUCAUCGCAGUGUGACUAUUGGGUAACGAUGCCUUCACACUGGCAGAGACUGGUCUUAUCGCGCAAAUGAAGCUGAGCUGACUUAUUGUAUUUGGUGAGGGGAGGAGCAUUCAGAAAUUGAUGCUUGAGCAGCAAGAAAAUUGAUAAACCUUGAAUGUCACAGCCAGGUUUAGAGAAUGAGAGAGAGAGAAACAACAGAGCGAGUGAUUUGGAGAGCAGACAGGUUGCAGGGAUGAUGUUGAAGAAGAAGACGAGCUUUUAGGGGUGUCGAAUUCAUCGUUGUAACUCCAAACGUACCAACGACAUCUUUAGUUGCACCACACUAUGAUCGUUGAGUGAAAAGCAGGUUGUCUCUGUUAUUGAAGAUAACAUAAAAGAAACUGUUUUGUUUGCUUUGUGUCAGGUAUGUGUCCAGCUCAGUCACACAGUCAUACUGUAACUUAAAUACAAACUCAUAAAGUAAACUUAGUGCAGCUUGUCCCUCUCAUGUGCUGAUGUGCUUUAUUAAUGAAUAAAUUAACUGUUUUUGGACACCUAA